AUUUAAACACUUUACAUGGAUACGGCCAUAAUGAAUGUAAAGCGAAUAUGUUACGGUACUUUUUGAUAACGGGGUUAUAAAUUUUAUUGUGCGAGACAAUUAUAGCUUUUGUACUUAUUUAAAGUGAAAAUACGCAUAAAAAUUACCCUUAAGGAAAAGGAAUUUUUUUGUUUUGACACAUUCGCUCAUACAACCUUUUAUCUCCGUUUAAUGGUAAAUGUGCAAUGAACUGAAAAUGCAUUGUUUUCUCUUCGGCAUUCUAUAUAGUUUUUCUAAUUAAUCAGUUCCUUUAUCUAUUACUCAGCUAUUCUUCUACUCCUGGUAAUCCUUGAGUUUAUGUACCCACUUUACGUUUUAGGCAAGCAGCUAUUUUUAUUUGGUUAGGCAGCUGACUGGGCAAAACAAACCUGUGAUGUGUGUGUGUGCAUGCAUAUAUUUACAUAUAUACGUUACAAACAACCGAGCUGGCCAUUCUAAUAAGUAUGUACUAAUUUGAAUGGCCAUCUCUCGUUAUUUGUAACACAAAAAUGAAAAAAAAGUUUUCCCUGGCACCCACCAAAAAAAAAUUUUACCAUGAGGAACAGCUAUUCCCAAAUUUCACCAGCAAAUGUUAAGUAUCUCAACAUCAGUGAGCUCCUGACGAAACAUUGAUAUUUUAAGUCAGUACCUUCUAUUACUUUACUAGAAAUGCCAACUUUACUUUGCAGAAAGUUAGCAAAAGAUGCAACUGUAUUUAUUUUCAAUACUUCCGCCAAAGGGAAAGACAUAACUUGGCGAUAGAAUCUCCUUUUUUUUUUUUUUCGAAAACGAGGCUGUUAUUAUUUAUAACACAUUCACAUAAACACACACAUACAUAUACACGCGCACAUAUACAUACAUGAUAGUGCGCCAAUUUGAUAUGUAAAAAAAAAAAAUAAUAAUAAUCAUAACACUGAUUUCCAGCAAUAAUAGUAAAUUUUUGCCUUACUAAAAACAAUCUAAGUAGAAAGUGACAAAAUGCCAGAAAUUAAACUCCAACAUAUAGUAUCAUACAGCAGCCAGGACACAAAUCAUCCAGCAGAGAAUCUCCUCAAACCUGAUGGUGUCCACAAAUGGAAAUCAGCAAGUGCUGGGGAAAAAUCAUUAUCUGCCAUAUUACAGUUUGAAAAAGCCUCAAAAAUCCACUCAAUUGAUAUCGGAAAUGAUGGCUCUGCUUUUAUUGAGGUUUUGGUGGGACGAUCCUCAUCUCACAAUGAAGAUUUCAAGGUUAUUCUUGUCACAUCAUCAUUUAUGUCUCCAAUGGAAAGCCGGAAUAAUACAAAUCGAUUCAGUGUACGCAUGUUUGGUUCAGAAAAGUUAAGCAAGCCUGCAACUGAAGAGAAGUGGGACCGAGUAAAAAUAAUAUGUACUCAGCCAUUUAACAAGACUACCAAUUAUGGCUUAUCAUUUAUAAAAUUUCAUUCUCCCCCAUCUUCAGAAAACCGAUCACGUGCUACUGUAAGCACAGUGGACAAUGAAGAGGAUGAUUUAAAUAAUCCAAAGAAAAUUGGUGCCUUCUUUUUCCGCCAAGAUGAGGAGGAUAAAAAAGAUUUAAAAGUUGGAAGCCUCUUUGCUCGACAAAAGGAAAAACCAGAAAGUUCACCUUUAACAGGUGCUGCAGCUAUUCGAGCUGCAUCCAAUCAAGCCCGUUCGACCUAUCUUGAAAUAAGAUCCAGCACCAAUACCAACAGUACCCCAGAGGUGAAAAAGAAACGCAAGCAUAAUGUCAGUGAUGAUGAAGACGUCCUGGAGGUGAAGAAGAGCAAGUCAAAGAAUGGAGACAGUCAUCGGAGCCACAUGCCACAAAACGACAGACCAACCCAUCAGAAGGAAGAUUCCAGAAAAGAAAAACAAGCAGACAUUAUAAAGAAAGAAAAGAAAUCUAAUUCUUCAUCGAGGGACGAUGUCAAAUCUACUCCUAGUAGUAGUAGUAGUAAUAAUAGCCACAAAAAUAGCCAUCACAAAUCAGAAACCACUACAUCUAAAGCUGCCAUAUCAAAGUCGAACAAACCAUUCAGCAAGCUCAUGGAUAAUGUGGUAUUUGUACUCAGUGGUUUCCAGAACCCAUUCCGUGCUGAUUUACGAGACAAAGCCAGAGAAAUGGGGGCAAAAUAUCGACCAGAUUGGAGCAGUGACUGCACUCAUUUGGUGUGUGCAUUUGCUAAUACACCAAAGUAUAAUAUGGUCAAGGGACAAGGCAGAAUAGUUACAAAACAAUGGGUGUUGGAUUGUCACAAACAAAGAACACUCCUACCUUGGAGGAAAUACCAACUGGAAGACGAAGAAGAGGAGGAUGAAAAAGCAGACAAAGUGCAAGUGAAGGAUGAAGGGAAAAAGCAGAAAAAAGAGAAAGAGAAAAAGGAUGAUGAGGAGGAGGAGGAGGAAGAGGAGGAGCAGCAAACCCAGGUGAUCGAUGAAGAGGAAGACUAUUCACAACAGUCGAGAUUGUCAAAGAGUAAAAGUGAUCCUGAAUAUUUACCAUCCAUGGAGGACCGAGAGUCCACCGAUGAAGAAGAAGGCGUAGUAUCUGAAGAAGACACAGAUGAUGAAGUCAGAAGGAUCAAAAAUGCUGCAAAUAUACAGUCAGAAUCAUCUAGUUCAUCUGAUGCUGGACCAUCCUCAUUCAUUUCCCAUGCAGCAGAUACUUUGGAAAUUAACAGCAAUGAUGAUGAUGAUGAUGAUGAUGAUAAUGAUCAUGACAAAAAUAACAGAAACAGUGAUGAUGAUGAUGAUGCUUUCGAUGCUGCCACAGAUGUUGAUGAAGAUAAAAACAGUGAUUCAGAUUCUGAAUUGCCCAUCCUGCCAGACUUCUUUUCAGACAAACACUUCUUCCUUUAUGGAAACUUCAAUGAAUCAGACCGGCAUGAGCUAACUCGAUACAUUAUUGCAUAUAAUGGUGAAGUUGAAGAUUAUAUGAAUGACGAUGUUAACUUUGUUGUAACAUCUGAACAAUGGGAUGAUAACUUUGAUGAGGCUUUAUCAAACCACCCACAACUAACUUUUGUACAUCCAAAAUGGCUGUAUAGCUGUCAUAAGAAGAACAAAUUGGUUCCUUACCAACUUCACAUUGUCACUCCAGCCAGUGAGUAAUGUAUGGCUCCCACAGACUAACAACUAAAGCUGUUUUUCUCAUCAUUGCUGUUUGGAUGUUUAAAUUGGGGUGGGUGGAACAAUGAAGAGAAGAAAC